CAGCCCGGCUGCGCGCGGGAGCCCGGGAGGCCGCGCUCUUCGGAAGACGCUCGGGAGAGGAACAUGAACUGAAGAGUCAACAUGUAUGGGAAUUAUUCUCACUUCAUGAAGUUUCCCACAGGCUUUGGCGGCUCCCCUGGCCACUCCGGCUCCACGUCCAUGAGCCCAUCGGCAGCCCUGUCCACAGGGAAGCCAAUGGACAGCCACCCCAGCUACACGGACACCCCCGUGAGUGCCCCACGGACUCUGAGUGCAGUGGGGCCCCCCCUCAACGCCCUGGGUUCUCCAUAUCGAGUCAUCACAUCUGCCAUGGGCCCGCCGUCGGGAGCGCUAGCAGCGCCCCCAGGAAUCAAUCUGGUCGCCCCGCCCAGCUCCCAGCUAAAUGAGGUCAACAGUGUCAGCAUUUCAGAGGACAUCAAGCCCUUACCAGGGCUUCCUGGGAUUGGAAGCAUGAACUACCCAUCAACCAGCCCCGGAUCUCUGGUGAAACACAUCUGUGCCAUCUGUGGGGACAGAUCCUCAGGAAAGCACUACGGUGUGUACAGUUGUGAAGGCUGCAAGGGCUUCUUCAAGAGAACCAUAAGGAAAGACCUUGUGUACACCUGCCGCGAUAACAAAGACUGCCUCAUUGACAAGCGCCAAAGGAAUCGGUGCCAAUACUGCCGCUACCAGAAGUGCCUGGUGAUGGGCAUGAAGAGGGAAGCUGUGCAAGAAGAAAGGCAGAGGAGCCGGGAGCGGGCCGAGAGUGAGGCAGAAUGUGCAGGUAGUGGCCAUGACGAUAUGCCUGUGGAGAGGAUUCUAGAAGCUGAACUUGCUGUCGAACCAAAGACAGAAUCCUACGGUGAUAUGAACCUGGAGAACUCGACAAAUGACCCUGUCACCAACAUAUGCCAUGCUGCUGAUAAGCAGCUUUUCACUCUUGUUGAAUGGGCGAAGCGCAUCCCCCACUUCUCUGACCUCACCUUGGAGGACCAGGUCAUUCUGCUCCGGGCAGGGUGGAAUGAGCUGCUGAUUGCCUCCUUCUCCCACCGCUCCGUCUCCGUGCAGGAUGGCAUUCUCCUGGCCACGGGCUUACAUGUCCACCGGAGCAGUGCCCACAGUGCUGGGGUUGGCUCCAUCUUUGACAGAGUCCUGACUGAGCUGGUCUCCAAAAUGAAAGACAUGCAGAUGGACAAGUCAGAGCUGGGGUGCCUGCGAGCCAUCGUGCUGUUUAACCCAGAUGCCAAGGGGCUGUCCAACCCCUCGGAGGUGGAGACUCUGCGAGAGAAGGUUUAUGCUACCCUCGAGGCCUACACAAAGCAGAAGUAUCCGGAACAACCUGGCAGGUUCGCCAAGCUGCUGCUGCGCCUCCCAGCCCUGCGCUCCAUCGGCUUGAAAUGCCUGGAGCACCUGUUCUUCUUCAAGCUCAUCGGGGACACGCCCAUCGACACCUUCCUCAUGGAGAUGCUAGAGACCCCGCUGCAGAUCACCUGA